AUGAUGAGCGCCAUGGAAAUCAUAGACGACUCAACACAGAUAGCACCCAUCGUAUCCAAUGUUCAGAGCAGCUCUGGUCUUUCCAUCUCUGUUCAUCCUUUAGUCUUGUUGAAUAUCUCUGAUCAUUACACACGCACCAAAUUGCAGAACCCCACAGCGAUUGAGAAUGGUCGUAUGUAUGGUGCAUUAUUGGCUUCUCAGUCAGGCCGUGAUGUCGAUAUCAUCAACUCAUUUGAGCUUCCAUUAUCAACCGAGCAAGACGGUAAUACAGUGUUGGACAAGGCAUUCCUGCUUUAUAAGCUGGAGCAAUUAAAGCAAGUGUUUCCGAAUCUUGACUUUAUGGGCUGGUAUACACUCGGAUCAUCCCCUUCCGAAGCCGAUUUGAAGCUUCAUGAACAGUUCCUUCAAGUGAGUGAAUCAGCCUUGUUUUUACAGAUGGAUCCCAUGGCAUUACAGGCAACAGGAGCAGCCAAAGAAUUCCCAGUCGACAUUUACGAGUCUAUCAUUGACAUUGUGGAAGGAAAUACCAGAUUAGCCUUUAUUAAAUCAACCUACAAAGUGGAAACUGGGGAAGCUGAAUGUAUAGCUGUGGAUCAUGUGGCUAAGCCCAGCUCAUCCAGUGCAGAUACUGGCCUUGGGAAUACAUUGAUUGCUCAUUUGACUACCCAGAGAAAUGCGAUUGCCAUGUUGAACGCCAGAAUCCAGUUCCUCCAUCAAUAUCUUCAGGAUACUCAAUCUGGUGCCAUACCCAUUGAUCAUGAUAUCAUCCGCCAAAUCUCUAGUAUCUGCAGAAGAUCCCCUGUAUUGGAGAAAUCAGCAUUUGAUGAACAGUUCAAGACGGAAUACAACGAUGUUUUAUUAGUAGCAUAUCUUGCUUCCAUCACCAAAGGGUUAAACACUGUCAAUGAUCUUAUUGAUAAAUUCAAUCUGGUCAAUGGAGGUCAUGGUGCGUCAAACAACAAGCCCAUUUCAGUCAGUAAAAAGGGAAGAAGAAUUCAUAUGGCAAGAAAUUAA